AUGAGGUAUAUUGCCGGGGUUGCACUCUUGGCUACAGGCUCACAUGCUGCUUGUGGGACAGGAUCAUGUGACUCAGUUGCAGCAGGAUAUCAAUGCAGUCCUGAUAUUUCGCAGUACUGGGGUCAAUACUCGCCCUACUUCACGGUCCCAUCAGAGAUUGAUGCCGGCGUCCCUGAAAGCUGCCAAGUGACGUUCGUGCAAAUGCUUUCGAGACAUGGGGCGCGUGAUCCUACCGCUUCCAAGACAGCCAAGUAUAAUGCUACAGUGCAACAAAUCCAGAGCUCAACAACAUCAUACGGUGCCGGAUAUGAGUUCAUCAAGGAUUACGAGUAUACUCUGGGUGCUGAUCAACUCACCACUUUUGGCCAACAAGAGCUGGUUAACGCAGGCAUGAAGUUCUACCAGCGAUAUCAAGACCUGACACAUGACAACACUCCUUGGUUUCGGUCUUCUGGUGAAGCUAGAGUGGUCGAGUCCGCUCAGAACUGGACGCAAGGCUUUCAUCAGGCUCAGUUGGCUUCGGGUGGUAUUGACUCCGAUUCCUACCCAUACGACAUCUUGGUCGUUUCCGAGGAUAUUGGUGUAAACAAUACUCUGAGUCAUAGUAUCUGUACAGCCUUUGAGGACGGACCAGACGCAGAUGUCGGAGACACUGCCAAGUCUACCUGGGCUGAUGUAUUUUUGCCUAACAUCACUGCGCGGCUCAAUGCCAACUUGGUAGGCGCCAACCUCACGGCCAGUCAGACGAUUUACAUCAUGGACCUUUGCCCUUUCAACACUGUCGCGAAUGCAGCCGGCAACAUCUCCGAAUGGUGCUCGUUGUUCACAACUGAAGAGUGGCAACAAUACGACUAUUACGAGACCUUGGACAAGUACUACGGAUACAGCUACGGUAAUCCGCUUGGUCCAACACAAGGUGUCGGUUUCACGAAUGAGCUAGUUGCUCGACUCACGAACACCAGCGUGCGAGACCAUACCAGCACCAACUCGACAUUGGACAGUAACCCUGAGACUUUUCCGUUGGGAUUGACACUCUAUGCUGAUUUCUCGCAUGAUAACGACAUGACGACCAUUUACAGCGCCCUCGGCCUCUACAAUACCACGACGCCACUAAGUAAUGUCACGCUGGAGACUGCUGCCGAAACAAAUGGCUAUAGUUCCAGCUGGACUGUACCAUUUGCGGCGCGCAUGUAUGUUGAGAAGAUGACCUGCGAUGGUGUAGACGAGGAGCUAGUCCGGGUACUUGUCAACGAUCGUGUGAUCCCUCUAUCAACGUGCGAUGCCGACGACUUGGGUCGUUGCGGCCUGAAUGCAUUUGUCUCAAGCCUGAGCUUUGCUCAAAGCGGCGGGUUCUGGGAUCAAUGCUUUCUAUAA